UGGCGCGUCACCUGACCGUCUGAGGAAGCUAGCUACUAUCGAUCCAAAGGGUGUGCGUAGGAGAGGUCCCCCACGAGCGUGGAAUGGUCCGGCCGACGAUGACGAUGCGCGGUGCCUCCGCCGCGCUGCUCGUUCUGGCCCUCGUCGCCAUGGUUUGCGCCGAGGACCCGUACCAUUUCUUCGAGUGGAAGGUGACGUACGGGACGAAGACCAUCAUGGGGGUGCCGCAGAAGGUUAUCCUCAUCAACGACAUGUUCCCGGGCCCCACCAUCAAUUGCACCUCCAACAACAACAUCGUCAUCAAUGUCUUCAACAUGCUCGACCAGCCGCUCCUCUUCACCUGGCACGGGAUCCAGCAGAGGAAGAACUCGUGGCAGGACGGCAUGGCGGGCACCAUGUGCCCGAUCAAGCCCAACACCAACUUCACGUACCACUGGCAGCCCAAGGACCAGAUCGGCAGCUUCUUCUACUUCCCCAGCCUUGGCAUGCAGCGCUCGGCGGGCGGCUACGGGCUCAUCAGCGUGCACAGCCGUGACCUGAUCCCCGUGCCCUUCGACCGCCCGGCCGACGACUUCCCCGUCCUCGUCGGCGACUGGUACACAAAGGACCAUACCGUCCUGGCCAAGAACCUCGACGCCGGCAAGAGCAUCGGCCGCCCCGCCGGCCUCAUCAUCAACGGCAAGAACGAGAAGGACGCCUCGAACCCGCCCAUGUACAAUGUCGAGGCCGGCAAGACCUACCGCUUCCGCGUCUGCAACGUCGGCAUCAAGGCGUCCCUCAACGUCCGCAUCCAGAGCCACAUCCUCAAGCUCGUCGAGAUGGAGGGCUCCCACACCGUGCAGAACACCUACGACUCGCUCGACGUCCACAUCGGCCAGUGCCUGUCCUUCCUCGUCACCGCCGACCAGAAGCCCGGCAACUACUUCCUAGUGGCGUCCACCCGGUUUAUCAAGGAGGUCAGCACCAUCACCGCCGUGAUCCGCUACGCCGGCUCCAACACCCCACCGUCGCCCAAGCUGCCGGAGAGCCCAAGCGGUUGGGCCUGGUCGAUCAACCAGUGGAGGUCCUUCCGGUGGAACCUGACGGCGAGCGCGGCGCGGCCCAAUCCGCAGGGGUCCUACCACUACGGCCAGAUCAACAUCACCCGCACCAUCAAGAUCUCGGCGAGCCGCGGCAAGGUCGACGGCAAGGUCCGGUACGGCCUUAACGGCGUGUCGCACGUCGACGCCGAGACGCCCCUCAAGCUCGCCGAGUACUUCAACGCCACCGACGGUGUGUUCAAGUACAACCUCAUCGGCGACGUGCCCCCCGCCUCGGGCUCGGCACUCAAGCUCGCCCCCAACGUCAUCAGCACCGAGUUCCGCACAUUCAUCGAGGUGGUCUUCGAGAACCCCGAGAAGAGCAUCGACUCCUUCCACCUCAACGGCUACGCCUUCUUCGCCGCCGGCAUGGGGCCAGGGACAUGGACGCCGCAGAGCCGGAAGACGUACAACCUCCUCGACACGGUGAGCCGGCACACGAUCCAGGUUUACCCGAGGUCGUGGACGGCGAUCAUGCUCACGUUCGACAACGCGGGCAUGUGGAACCUGCGGUCCAACAUCUGGGAGCGGCACUACCUCGGCCAGCAGCUGUACGUGAGCGUCGUCUCGCCGGGGCGGUCGCUCAGGGACGAGUACAACAUGCCCGAGACCAGCCUCCGCUGCGGCAAGGUCGUCGGCCUGCCGAUGCCGCCGUCCUACAAAGCCGCAUAAACCCAUCGGUUCGCUUCACGAUGGCCCGCGAGCGCGCGCACGGUGCUGUACACAAAAAGAACGAGAUGGAAGAGAGUUUCCCGGCCGUUUUCUUUUCUGUCCCCACGUCUAUUCUUCUCGUCCGGUUAAACUUUGCUCCCGAGGAAUAAGUUAAACUUCAUGUGGGCACCAGUCAUCAGGGGCGAGGAUGGGAAUUACAGGCGAGGAGAAAGAAUCGGCAUACGAGCUCGUCCAGACGCCCUCUCGAAUCAUUGUAGUAGGAGUUAACUUUAAUUGUCUGAUAUAUGUAAGUCUAUCCAAUAAGUCCCUUCAGACGAAACUUAUUAUUGUUCUGUGUUAUGUUUGUACAUGCAUAU